GGGGUUCACGUGAUGUACACGUGAUGUACACGUGAUCGGAUUGUCACGGGGACAAAACCGGAAGCGGCAAAAUGAGUGCAGUGUAUGGUGGCGUUGAAGGAGGAGGAACUCACUCCAAAGCUGUGCUGAUCUCUGCUACAGGGGAGAUCCUAGCCGAGACUGAUGGACCCUGCACUAAUCACUGGUUGGUUGGUGUUGAUAAGUGUAUCGAGGGCAUUAAUGAGAUGGUCCAGAAGGCAAAGAUCAGUGCUGGGCUGGAUCCUGGCAUGCCCGUGCAUUCUCUGGGCAUGUCACUGAGUGGUGGAGAGCAGAAGCAUGCCAUCCAGAAACUGAUUGAUGAGAUGAAGGAAAGAUUUCCUAAACUAAGCCAGAGUUAUUACAUAACCACAGAUGCCAUCGGUGCCAUGGCAACCGCAAGUGACCAUGGUGGUAUAGUUCUGAUCUCAGGAACUGGUUCAAACUGUAAGCUGGUGAACCCUGAUGGCACUCAGGUGGGCUGUGGGGGGUGGGGACACAUGAUGGGGGAUGAAGGUUCAGCAUUUUGGAUUUCCCAUCUUGCUGUAAAAGCAGUAUUUGAUGCCAAGGAUAACCUGGUCACACCUCCACAUGAUAUCACUUAUGUCAAAAACGUAAUGGAGGACUACUUCAAGGUGUCAGAUUUAAUGGGCAUGCUCCCCCACCUGUACAGAAACUUCCAGAAAUCCUAUUUUGCUGGGUUCUGUAGAAUACUGGCUGAAGGUGCUAAUGCAGGUGACGACUUCUGUCGAUACGUGUUUACGCAGGCUGGUAAAGUUCUAGCGCAGCAUGUUGUAGCAGUGCUGCCCAACGUGCAGCAGGAGCUGUUCUUGGGAGAUCUUGGCCUGCCCAUUCUGUGUGUUGGGUCUGUGUGGUUAAGCUGGGAGCUGAUAAAGGAUGGUUUCACACUGGUCCUCUCUCAGGCCAAACUGUCUGGUUACAGUCAUUUCCACAAGUAUAGCCUUCUCACUCUAAGCCAGUCAUCUGCUGUGGGUGGUGCCAAGCUUGGAGCCCAGAAUGCAGGUGCCACCUUGCCCUUGGACUACUCCACUAGUGCCAGUGUCUUCUUCAGCCACUCGUUCACUGAGCAGUGAUCAACAAUAAUAAGAACCAAUCAAGCUGCAACUGCACUGAACUGCACCCUGGUAUGGAAGAGAGGGGGAGGGGAGAGAGACCUAAUGCUGUUAAGUACAAUCAGAAAAAUACCAUGACUAACAGACAUUCCUUAGUAGUAUUCCUAUUAUCCUGUGUAUCACUGUUUACAGUGGCUCCUUAAAAGUAAUAUGAUCGUUAACCCAGUAGGAGAUUGUGUAUUAUUCUUUACAUUGAAAUUAGGGUUAUUAAAUGCAAAAAAGCUGCAAUUACGUUCAUAUUUUUUUCAUAAUUCCUCUACUUAUUUUGAAUAUAAAAAUCAAUGCUGAUCUGAGAUUAGUAUCUGCACUAAUUGUGAAAAUGAAAAAUACAAAUUGGUAUAUUUUUAUACAGUAAAUAUCGCAACAGUGUAAUCCAUAAAACAGAAUUAAAAAUCGUGAUUACAAUG